AUGGGAUUCUCGGGGCCUUGGAUUGCGCUGAUUGAGAGGUGUAUUAGCACUUGCUGGUUCUCGAUCCUCGUUAAUGGCGCCCUGGCAGGCUUUUUCAAAUCCACCCGCGGGCUCAGGCAAGGCGACCCUAUUUCCCCUGCCCUUUUUGUCUUGGCUGCAGAUUAUCUUUCACGUUCUCUUAACAGACUUAUUCUUGGGAACAAAGAAAUGACAUUCAAAGCUACAUGUGGAAGCUUGGAGAUUAGCCACCUCGCAUAUGCUGAUGACAUAAUUAUUUUCACUCAAGCGGCCACGGCAUCCCUCAGGAGACUAAGAGCUUGUCUUGACCACUAUGCAGAGGUAUCGGGCCAAUUAAUCAAUCUCGCCAAGAGCAACUUCUACAUUGCCGAAGCGCAUUAA